UGGAUAGACUGUAGAUUAUAUAAUCAUAUCAGUGUUUCCUUUCUUAAUUUGGAAAUUGUACUGUGAGGAUGCAAUAGAACACUUUCUUAGAGACACACUGAAUUAUUUGGGGGGUAAAGGUGCAUGGUGUCUCUAGUUGACAUAUACACACACAGAAAGCAUAGGAGACAGAAUGUAAACCAUUGGUGAACCUGGGUGAAGGACAGGAAUGUUCUUAUACUUGAGAUUUUUCUGUAAGUUCGAAAUUAUAUCACAACAGUACUCAAAUACGGAUUUAGACACACUAAGCUGAUUUUGUGACCCACAGACGGGUGUCUGCGUGGCAUGUUGUAAAGUAAGAGACUGGGUACGGAAUUUUCCAGAGCAUCCCCGGUGCCCUACUACAGUGCCUGGUGUGCAAAGGAUACUCGAUACCCAUUCACUGGCAGCGGUAUUUCCCAUGGCUCUUAUUUCCAGUUCGUAUUUUAGUGCCUGUUUUUCCAUCUUGUUUACUUUAAGCUUGAAGAUCUACAGCUUUAUCCUUUUAUGCUAAGGCCCAGUGGAGGUGCCUGAGGCAGUGGGAAGAGGGAAGCUGAAUUUGAACCGAUGCACGUUUUAAUGCGGGCUUCUCCUCCUCGGCCCUGUGCUGCUUUGGGCGAAUCUACAUCUGCAAUAUAGGAUUCACUUCUGCUUUAUAGGACUGUUAGAGCCAAAUGAGAAAAUAUACACCCAAGAGCCAGAUGAAGGGUGGAACGGGUGUCAGGUGCUUCGUAAAUGCCGCUGGACCUCCCUUUUUAGUUCUCCAGAAACGUGUGAGAUCUUCAAAGAACACUGUAGGAAGAACGCAUUCUGCAAAAGAUAAAGCCGGCCCAACGCAGAAGCCCACUGAUGUGUUUGAUUUCCCCGAUAAUUCUGUUAUUUCCAGCAUUGACAGGCUGGGUGAAAAUGAGAAAGAUGAAGAACCUUAUGAAAUCUUUGACCCUCCUCUACACAGCACCGCCAUAUAUGCUGAUGAAGACGAAUUCUCCAAGCACUGCGGGUCCUCCGUGCCCUCGACUCCUCAAGGAAAAGAGGCAGAGAAAAGGUCAGAUACUUACGAAAUUGAAGGAGGUGAAAACUUGUCUACAGAGAUGAGGGCAAAAAAGCCAGGAAGGAGAGUCAGGCCCAUUAGCGAUGACUCUGAAAGCACUGAAGAAGAGGAUAUAAGAAGGAAAGUUCAACCAGCAGAGAAAAUAAGGACACAACCAGAUACACCCCAUAUAUCCUCGGAGCUUCCAGAGAAACCGGCUGAGUCGGUCACUCCUAAAAACAUCAGACCCCUUAGCGCCAAGUCCGCUGUUGAAAAAGAGCCCAAGACAGAACCACAUAAUUCGAAAACUCAGAAAAAGGUGUUUUGUGGCAGAAGGAAGAAAUCAAGAAGUGAAGCCAGAGACUCAGAUCGUUCCGACUCUGAACCUAUUUGGUGUCUGAAAGGAAAGAAAGCCAGUGACAUCUCGGAGUUAGAUGUCGUUUUGUCUGCCUUUGAGAAGACCAUCCUGGAGUAUGAACAAAAAGUAGAAUCUAAAAUUUUUAAGGAAGCCAUCAAAAAAUUUCAUUCUAAUAUGAAAGAAGAACUCAUCAAAACGCUUAAAGAAGUCCAGAUGUCAAAAACUCUGAAAAGGAAGAACACGAAGAUUAUUUCAGAUAUUGAAAAGAAAAGGCAGCGUUUGCUUGAACUCCAGGACGAACUGCUUCGGUUAGAACCACAGCUGAAACAACUACAAGUCAAAUAUGACGAACUUAAGGAGAGAAAAUCUUCCCUAAGGAAUGCAGCGUGUUUCUUAUCUAACCUAAGACAGCUUCAUCAAGAUUACUCAGAUAUUCGAGAAAAAGAACCUCAUGUAAAAGAAACGUAUGAUUCAUCCAGCCUUCCAGCUCUGUUAGUCAAAGCGAGAACCCUUCUGGGAGCUGAAAACCACCUACAAAAUAUCAACCAUCAAUUAGAGAAGCUCCUUGACCAGAAAGGUGACCAAUCUACUGAAAUGUGACUCUGUAAAGACUAGUCCCCUGCGCUUGCCUGUUCCCUUCUGAUACUAUACUUUUGUAAAUAAAAAUUCUUUGAGAAGUGAAA